AUGCACGUCGCUCACCCCGGCGGCUGGUACACACCCACCCCUCCAACCCAGGUCCAGCCCUGCAUGGACCCGACGCCGCACGACUGGGCCACAUGCCCGCAGAAGCACUACAACGAGAACUCGGGGCGGCGCUGCCCGCGCGCCUUCCAGUACGUCGCCAAGCGGUGCCCCCAGCGCAACAAAAAGUCGCCCAACAGCUGCGAGAACCGCGCGGCCUGCGGCAAGGGGGACGCCUGCGGCUUUGCUCACACGGUCUACGAGCUGUGCGCCGCAGAGCUCAGGGCACCCCCGCCGGCCCCGCCGUCCGCCGACGGCAGCCCCGCCGCGGACGCGCCGCCCGCCGACCCCGCCCCCGCCGGCGGAUGCGCGGCCGCCGCUGCUGACACCGCGGCGGCGGCGGCGGGCCUGGACGUGGCGCGGGACCCGGCUGAGUUGCUGCUGGAGGUCCAUGGAGCCCUAGGCCGCGGCCGCUUCAGCCUGGCCGCGGCGCUGGCGGAGAUCCAGCUGCAUCAGAAGCGCAUGUACGGCGCCGCCCCGCCGCUCGGUGCUGCGGCGCCGUGGGAGCUCGCCUCGCUGCAGGGCGCGGGCGCGAGGGGCGGCCUGCCAGGGGCCCCGCUCGUCGCAGACCUGAGCGCGCCCCUCGGCGCGCAGCCCGCCGCGGCGGACGCGAUCCGGCAGCUGUUGCUCGGGCGGCAGGUCGGCGGCGGCGCUGCGUGCGCGCUGGGGCGCGCUGAGAGCCUCGCCGGCAGCGCCCUGGGCCUGUCGCCGCUGACGCAUCUGCCGGACUGCUUGCAGCAGCCGGCGUUUGGCGCCGGCGCGUCGGCGUGCCCCUGCUGGGACGCAUACCACACGCCGCCUGCUUCGUGCUCAGGGGAAGGGCCGCCCCUCAGCAGCAGCGGCGGCGCCACCCCGCUCGGCCGCCGCUCGUGGCGGUCUGACACAAGCGCGGCGCCCCUUCCCGGCGGGGCCACUCCUCUCAGCCGCCGCUCCUGGCUGUCUGACACAAGCGUGGCGCCCCCUCCCGGCCUUCUCGGCGCCGCCACCCGCUCCGUCAGCUGCGACGAUCCGGACGCGCUGUCGCGGGCCGCGGCUGCCUGCCGCGGCCUGGCGCUGCCGCCGCCGGUGGCGGGCUCGUCGUUUGCUGCGGAGGGAGCGGGCGGCUCGGGGCCUGCGCGUGUCCUCAGUGGAGCUGGCAGCCCAGUGCCUCUGGCGUCCCACCACAACAACAUGUGCGGCCCCGUGGGUUCACCCCCGCUGCCAGGCCAUCUGUUUGGGCAGUAUGCGCCAUCGACGCCGCCAGAGCUCGUGAUGGGGUCGGACUCAGCUGCUACGGCGGCGGCGGCGGCAGCAGCGGCAGCGGCGCUGCGGCUUGAGCUGCAGCAGCAGCUACAGCAGCUGCGUGCCGAGCAUGAGCAGCAGGCGCUGCGCCUCCACCUCCUGCAGUUGCAGUGCCAGCAGGGCGAAAUCGAUGCAGCGCCGUUCCCCCAGCAAUUCGUGGGCGGCUGCAUGUAG